GCAGAGGGUCAGGUGGAGGUCUCCAAGGAUGGGCGCAGCCUCAGUCAGAUGGGACCGGGCAAGGUGUUUGGCGAGCUGGCCAUCCUCUACAACUGCCAGCGCACGGCCACCAUCAAAGCCGCCACGGACUGCAAGCUGUUCGCCAUCGAGCGGCAAUGCUUCCAGACGAUCAUGAUGAGGACGGGGCUGCAGAAGCAGGCCGAAUACACCGCUUUCCUCAAGAGCGUGCCGAGCUUCCAGAACUUGCCGGAGGAGACGGUCAUCAAGCUGGCAGACGUGCUGGAGGAGACGUACUACAGCCAGGGUGACUACAUCAUCCGACAGGGCGCCAGAGGUGAUACCUUCUACAUCAUCAGCAGGGGCAGGGUGAACGUGACCAUGCGUUCGCCAGACUCGAUGGAGGAGAAGCUGAUCCGCACCCUCGGAAAGGGUGACUUCUUCGGCGAGAAGGCUCUGCAGGGCGAGGACAUCCGGACGGCCAACAUCGUGGCCGACGACCCGGACGGCGUCGCCUGCCUCGUCAUCGACCACGAUACCUUCGACCAGCUCAUCAGCCGGCUGGAGGAGGUGAAGAACCGAUACGUCGACGAGACGCAGCUGCGCAAACAGAUCAACCACGAGUUUGCCGACGUGAAGCUCUCCGACCUGGCCGUGAUCGCCACGCUGGGCGUCGGAGGCUUCGGCCGCGUGGAGCUGGUGCAGAUGGUGGCGGAUAAGUCGCGUUCCUUCGCGCUAAAGCAGAUGAAGAAGGCCCAGAUCGUGGAGACUCGCCAACAGCAGCACAUCAUGUCAGAGAAGGAGAUCAUGGAGGAGGCCAACUGCGACUUCAUCGUCAAGCUGUUCAAGACGUUCAAGGACCGCAAGUACCUCUACAUGCUGAUGGAGUCGUGCAUGGGAGGAGAGCUCUGGACAAUACUGAGGGACCGGGGCAACUUUGACGACGCCACCACACGGUUCUACACGGCCUGCGUGGUCGAGGCCUUCGACUAUCUGCACGCGCGCGGCAUCAUCUAUCGCGACCUGAAGCCGGAGAACCUGCUGCUCGACAACAGAGGCUACGUCAAGCUGGUGGACUUCGGCUUCGCCAAGAAACUGCUGGUGGGCCGCAAGACGUGGACCUUCUGCGGCACGCCCGAGUACGUGGCGCCCGAGAUCAUCCUCAACAAGGGCCACGACAUUUCGGCUGACUACUGGUCCCUCGGCGUCCUCAUGUUCGAGCUGCUCACCGGAACGCCUCCAUUCACUGGCCCGGACCCGAUGAAGACGUACAACAUCAUCUUGAAGGGCAUCGACGCCAUCGAGUUCCCCCGCAACAUCACGCGCACGGCCACGGCGCUCAUCAAGAAACUCUGCCGCGACAACCCGGCCGAGAGGCUCGGCUAUCAGAAGGGCGGCAUUCGGGACAUCCAGAAGCACAAGUGGUUCGACGGCUUCAACUGGGAGGGCCUGAUCGCACGCACCCUCACGCCUCCCAUCAUACCGCACAUCAGGUCCGUGUUGGACUCGUCCAACUUCGACGACUACCCACCGGACACCGAGCCGCUGCCGCAAGACGACCUUUCUGGCUGGGAUGCUGACUUUUGAUGCGACGUUGAAGCGGUCGCCAUCUUGGGCAGGGACAGUGCGCAACGGCGGCCAUCUUGCUCCGGCGGGCUCCGGGGCGCGUGCGACCGCCGCACCAUGUGAUGCCGGGGUAGGCUAGGUUUUUGGUGGUUGGAUUUCUUGUUGGGUGACGUCACGGCUCUCGCCACUGCCGCCAUGUUGUAUGAUGUUGUGACCGGCCGGCCGCCAUGUUGUGUGACGUCACGGCCCGGCGCGUUCCGGUGUGUCUGUCGAUCGUUGCUCCGCGUGUUGUGGAUUCGCGUGACCAUCCGAGCCCACGUGGCGGUCCGAUCCCUGCGGCAUACGGCAGAGAGCAAUCACAGAUAUACAUUUAUCGUAGCAUUAUUAUGCCGUGUAUCCUGAGCUCGUGAUUUAUACUGUUUGAAGCGGACCCGGCGCAAUAGCUGUUUUUGUUAGAUACUCUUUAUUUCCGGACGUCUAUCAAGUGCGUGAUCAGUCUCCAGUAACCCCGACAGCCCUUUGAUGUGACGUCACGUAACGUGACGUUUCGCGCGCGACGCCCUGCCGGCCCUCGUGCGGGACUAGCUGGCGGCCGAUUCUCAGGACGGGCGGGACCUGAGCUCUGCGCGUGUCACGUGACCAAGUGUGGGCGGCGUCUCCGCCGUCUGCGUGCCCUUUCCUCGCAGACCUUCGGUGUCGGUAGCGGGUUUCGCUCGCUGCGUCACAGAACCCUUGCCGGAGCUCAUUUCGGUGUGUUCUAGACGUGACAAUCAGCCGGCCCUUCUCCGCGAGCCCGGAUUUUAAGUCGUGGCUCCCAGCUCCCUCUUGACCGCGUGCCCGGAGGGCGGACGGGGCACCGGCCCUUGACCUCGUGCCCGUGCGUCCGUCGCCCGCGCCGCGUCACCGUCCAUGAGCAAUCAUCGUCGCAGUUGGGCCUCUGUGUUGCGUCACGAGGUGGGAUAGCGCGAGCAGCAAAUCGGCGAGAGCUCCCUCAUUUGCGCAUGCGCGUUCUAAGCCGCUGUCCGCAAUCCGCGACCGUGCCUUAUACUGACUGCGUCCGCUGGGGCGUUGGGCGCCCUCUGGAGGCCGCUCGUAGACAGACAGUUCGUGAAGCGCACCUUCGCUCGAUCACGGAAACUACGUGGGUGAGGAACCUGUGAGUGCGAAUAGUCUUACCGUUCACGACGUUUUAAGAAUGACUCAAUAAACUCUAACUUGA